AUGAUCAUGGCACCCGCCAAAACGCCUGCGGGCCAAUUCUCGAUCCUGUACUUCGCAGCAGCCUCCACCUUCACGGGCAAGACGAGCGAACAUCUUCCUGCACCCGUCCGAGCUCGCGAUGUCUUUGGCAUGCUGGAGGAGCGGUACCCGGGUAUUCGUGACAAGGUGCUGAGCAGCUGCGCGAUGACGAUCAAUAUGGAGUACGUUGACGUUGGCGAAGAUGAUGCCGAGGACGCGAACAAGCAGAUCGUCGAAGGUGAUGAGGUUGCUAUUAUCCCACCUGUCAGUUCAGGAUGA